AAGACGUCCGUGUCCCGGGCAACCAGAGAGCCAAUCCCGUAGCGGCUGGCCGUGCUGUAGCAGUCUGGACCGCCGGAGGCUGAGGCGGCCAAUCCGGAGAGCCGGCAGCCGGAUGUGAGGUCAGGAGGCAGACAGGAAGUGCUGUGUGCGCUGAGGAGCGAUGGAGGCGGCGGGAGAAAGAGCCCUGCCUGCAAGGGAGCCUGACAGAGACACCCCCCAUGAAAAGGAAGCCAUGGGAUUGUCUGCAAGCACAAACAGGGGUGAUGCUGAAGUGAUCCUGGGUGCCUCCCCUGCAGACCUGGCAUCUGAGGAGGAGAAGAAGGAGGGCACUGAGAAGGAGAACAUGACCUUUUCCCCUGUUGCACGAGGGCUUACUGGCCAUGCUUCCAAGUCCCUCCCAGCGCCUCCAUCGUUGUCGUCCUCACCUGUGUCCAGCAGAGCCAAGAUGUCUCUUACAGGGGCCGGAAAGUUGCCUCACACCACACAAAGCCUGGCCAUGCGAUUGUUGAAUAUAAACAGGGACGGUGCAGACAAAGUACACCGCGCCAGGAAGACCAUCCCUCGGGCCGGCAAUGUGCCGGGGGAAGGGGUGUUCUUUCCAGACGGAGAGCGUGUUAGGAAGGAUGUUGACUCCGAGAAGAGAGACAGUCCAGAUUCCACACAGAGGCGGACUGGCUCAUCCCAGAUUACCGAGACACCUGCCACCAAGUCCAAAGAGGCUGAAGAACCUUCAGUGACUCCCUCCCCUGCUCCUGGGUCCUCCCGGGUCACUGAUGGGGCGGAUCCUGAAGACUGGGAUCCAGAGGUCGGGACAGAGUUUAGCCUUUACUAUGACAGUUUUUCUGUGGAGGAACAAGGGGAUAGCGACAGCAAGGAUGAAGAUGAUGAUGAGGAAGAGGACGGGUCUGGGAACCAGUCAGAAAGAAGCUCCAGUAGCCUGAAGAAGAAAAGUAAAAAGAAAUGGAAGAUGGACAAAGCCUGGCUCAAACCAACACGAAAAAGGAAGAGACGGGAGAGGGAGAAACCUGGAGGAGCUGUCAGUUCCGUGGGGGGAUCACACAGUGAGUACACAGAGGUGCCUCUGGGAUCCUUGGAUCUGCCCAGCGAGGGGGCUUUGUCUCCCAACAACACAGGUGUGUGCAAUGAAUCCAGCUCCAUGGACACAGAGCGUUUUGAGGAACUCCCUCUGUGCAGCUGUCGUAUGGAGGCUCCUAGCGUGGAGAGAGUCUGUGAGCAGGCCAACAAUAUGUGUAUGGCCACAGAGAGCGUUGAUGGAGAGCUGAAUGGAUGCAACGUUCCCAUCAUGAAGCGGGAGACCAUGCGGCCAUCGAGUAGAGUUCCUCUCAUGGUCCUGUGUGAGAAUCACCGUGCCUGCAUGGUUAAACAUCACUGCUGCCCGGGCUGUGGUUACUUCUGCACAAGUGGAACGUUUUUGGAGUGCCAUCCGGAUUUCCGGAUUAAUCAUCGCUUUCACAAGGCCUGUGUCUCUCCCCUGAAUGGUGUCAUAUUCUGCCCGCACUGUGGGGAGGAUGCUUCGGAAGCGGAGCUGAUCACUAUAGCAAAGGCGGACAUCCCAGUGCCCGUUCCUGCACCACCCCAGCUAGAUGGCAGUGGCACAGGAAGGGCUGAUACUACACAACCCAGCGCCAGAAUGAGCGGUGUAGGUGACUGCAAACGCUCUCUGCUAGAUGAUUCAGGUAUCAACGGAGGAGUCACCGGUCCCUCUGUCCUCCUUCCGUCUGGAGUGUCUCUCAGUGCAGCCGGUCUGCCACCUGGUCCUGCCCGUGAAGCCCUUGAGAAAGCCUUAAUGUCCCAGGAGACUGAUAACUUAUCUCAGCAGAAGAGAGAUCGCAGGAAGAAAAUCCGCUACAACUCGCGGCAGCUGUACCUAAGUGUGAAGGCAGGAGAGCUGCAGAAAGUCCUGCUCGUGCUGAUGGAUAACCAGGAUUCUAGUUUCCUGAACGAUCAGCAGCUGAAGAGGAGUCCGCUCCACGCAGCUGCACAGCGAGGAAGUCUGGAGCUGUCUCACAUCCUUGUACAGGCUGGUGCCAGCAUCAAUGCCACUGACAAAGUUCUGCGUACCCCUCUCCUAGAAGCUGUUGUCAACAACCACUUAGAGGUUGCCAAAUAUUUGGUGCAAAACGGAGCAUGCGUGUACCACCAGGAGGAGGACGGUUCCACCUGUCUUCAUCAUGCAGCCAAAAGCGGAAAUCAGGAGAUGCUGAGCUUCCUGCUGUCUACGGGUCAAGUCAACGUGAAUGCCCAGGAUAAUGGUGGCUGGACACCUAUCAUCUGGGCUGCUGAACACAAGCACAUAGAUGUGAUACGUAUGUUGCUGAUGCGGGGGGCUGAUGUCACCCUGGAGGAUAAUGAGAAAAACAUCUGCUUGCACUGGGCGUCCUUCACCGGCAGUACUGAGAUUGCGGAGGUUUUGCUCAAUGCGCAGUGUGAUCUUCACGCGGUUAAUUUCCACGGCGACACUCCCCUGCACAUCGCUUCCCGCGAGGGCUUCAUCAACUGCGUCAACCUUUUCCUGUCACGUGGGGCUGACACAGAGGCCCGGAACAACGAAGGGGACACGCCAUGUGACUUAACCGUGGAGCACACUGAUGUCUGGUACGCCUUACAGCUCAAUCGCAAGAUCCGGCAAGGAAUUCACAACAGGGCGGUGCGCACAGAGAGGAUCAUCAGCAAGGAUAUUGCUCAUGGAUACGAACGCAUUUCUAUUCCUUGUGUGAAUGGAGUGGACGAAGAGCUUACUCCGGAUGACUAUAAAUAUGUGUCUGAGAACUGUGAGACGUCAGCCAUGAGUAUUGACCGCAACAUCACUCACCUCCAGCAUUGCAGCUGCCAGGAUGACUGUUCAUCUAGUAAUUGCCUCUGUGGCCAGCUCAGUAUCCGGUGCUGGUAUGAUAAGGAUGGUCGUCUUCUUCAGGAAUUCAACAAGAUUGAGCCUCCACUAAUCUUUGAAUGUAACCAAGCCUGUGCCUGCUGGCAGACCUGCAAAAACAGAGUGGUCCAGAGUGGCAUUAAGGUCCGGCUACAGUUAUACCGCACAGCGAAAAUGGGUUGGGGAGUGCGGGCUCUGCAAGCGAUUUCCCAGGGAACCUUUAUCUGCGAAUAUGUGGGAGAGCUAAUCUCAGACGCAGAGGCUGAUGUGAGAGAAGACGAUUCAUAUCUGUUUGAUCUGGACAACAAGGAUGGGGAGGUGUACUGCAUCGAUGCCCGAUACUAUGGCAAUGUUAGCCGUUUCAUCAACCACCUGUGUGAGCCCAACUUGAUUCCUGUCCGAGUCUUCAUGUCCCACCAGGACCUACGGUUUCCCCGCAUUGCCUUCUUCAGUGGGCGGGACAUCCGUGCGGGCGAGGAGCUCGGUUUCGAUUAUGGUGACCGUUUCUGGGACAUAAAGAGUAAAUACUUCACCUGUCAGUGUGGGUCAGAGAGAUGCAAACACUCGGCUGAAGCCAUCGCCCUGGAGCAGAGCCGCCUCGCCCGGCUGGAGGUUCCCGAUUCUGUGCCAGUGCCCGUGCCAGCUGUAGUGCCACAGCCUGUGUGAUGCUGUAGAAUUACAUGCCAGAGCUCAGCUCUUUUAACUCGUGCCGUGGGUUUCUCUGCAGAGCGCCUCUCCGUCGUGUCAGAGAUCCUGCUCAGCAUCUUCACUGUGCCCUGCCAGGCGGACUAAGGCACAUCUGCCCAUUGGACCUGCAGAGCAUUUUGACUUCCUUAAUGAAAUGGCGCUCCUGCAGAGUAUUGCUCUGUUAAGCGUCCUCCUGACUGAUCUAGGUCUUCUAAAGCGUCCAGUCUCUUAAAUAAAAAUAAAGAUCUUGACUUUUUUUUAUAUAUAAAUAAGAUGUCCACACUUUUGUUUGUUUCAUUCAUACAGUUUGUGAACUAUGAAAGCUACAUAGACUUCAGCCGUGUGCACUAGUCGCACAGUACAAGAAUAAACAGAGGCUAGAGGUGCAUUUGUUUGCAAUGCACUUUGUAGGAUCAGCAAUAUUUGCGCUUCUGUCAGCGUGUAUUCCAUUUCUGCUGCAGAACGCACAGCGUGAAGCAGAGGGCAGCUAUCUGGGAAAUGGAUUACUUUUGGCAGUGAUUAACGUCCGAAGUUAUGGGCGGGGCACAUGACUUUUUAAAUAGUUUGUUUUAAAAUGUAUGAUCACUGUUUAGUUAGGUAUAUACAAGUGUAUAGAAUUACAGUGGUAUGUGUAAACUUUACUGACCAGAACAGAGGUAGGGAACCUCCAGCACU